AUGUCGCACACAGACCGAGAGAACAGUCAUAGUUGCGCUGGCAAAGGGACAUUCUCUUUUCUCCAAUUACCCGCCGAAGUCCGUGACAUGAUCUACCAUCACUGUCUUACCUCUGAAACGAUCGUACCCCGAUACAGCGCUUGGACCAAAAGAUGGACACCGAUCGAUCUUCUCUACGUCAAUCGAACAAUCUACAACGAAGCCUUCUUUCAUCUCUACACCAAGGGAGAGUUCGUCUUAGUGAUCAGACCUGAAAGUCUCUUCGCCCUAGCUUCAUGUUGGGCGACGAACGACAUCAGUGCGAGCGUCGGUCUUGAACUGUUCUUCAAGAGCGAAAAGAUCCUGGAUCUCAUCAGGCACAUCGGUCUGAAAAUCCACUGGCCGUCCGUCCAGUAUUCUACGCUCAUGGACCGCAAACUUAGUAGGCGUGCACCGACAACAGAAAAUAUGCUCAAACGAACAAUACGCACAACGGGAGCCAUGCUUUCGGAACUUCCCGCGCUACGUACCAUCGACGUAUCGUGGUAUCACAUGACCGUGUGCCCGUGGGAGUUGGCAAAAGUCGCACCCCCGGACUACAAGAUUCCGGUUUGGUUGCGGGGACUCAAACAGGUUCGGCGGGAGAAUGAGAAGGUGCUCAUCAGGAUGCCGUCGACGGGUCCGGUAUCGACGGAAGAGCUUGCGCAGGGGCAGGGAGAUAGGGACGAGUUGGCGAAUCUUUUGAAGGAGGUCAGGGAGGAUCUUCAGGAGCUGAAGGGGUGUCUGCAGGAACGGCUCCACUGA